UCUAUGGGGACGAGGAGGACAUCACGGAAAAAACGUAGCAGCAGCACCACAAACCCCACGCCGAGAUUUCGUCUCUCCGCUGUGCUAAAAGUGCGCGACGCAAGCGGCCCACGACUAUGCCCGGUGCGGCGUUAAAGUGCGGGACGACCACUUGACAGGCCUGGGCGAGGUCUGAGCCAUUGCCGGGAGGGGAAAUACAUUUCUUCGUAUGGGAGCAGCAUGCGGGAAAUGGUUGGAGGUUGCUGCGUGUGUUCCGACGAGCGAGGCUGGGCAGAGAACCCCCUGGUUUACUGUGAUGGACACGGCUGCAGCGUCGCCGUCCACCAAGCAUGUUAUGGCAUUGUCCAGGUUCCCACCGGUCCGUGGUUCUGCCGGAAGUGUGAAUCACAGGAGAGGGCGGCACGCGUGAGGUGUGAGCUGUGUCCCCACAAAGAUGGUGCCCUCAAGAGGACCGACAGUGGAGGCUGGGCCCACGUUGUGUGUGCACUCUACAUCCCCGAGGUGCAGUUUGCCAACGUCCUCACCAUGGAGCCCAUCAUCCUGCAGUACGUCCCGCAUGAGAGAUACAUCAAGACCUGCUACAUCUGUGAGGACCACGGGAGGGAGAGCAAGGCUGCUUGUGGAGCCUGCAUGACCUGCAACAGACAGGGCUGCAGACAAGCUUUCCAUGUAACCUGCGCUCAGAUGGCAGGUCUGCUGUGUGAGGAAGAAGGUCCAGAAGCUGACAACGUGAAAUACUGUGGCUACUGCAAGCACCACUACAACAAAAUGCAGAAGAAGUUGCGCUCCAGUGAAAAUACAAGUAGCUCCUUCAGUCAUACGAGGGGCCGCUCAAGCUCUCCGCCACAAGACAAACAUCACCACCACAGACAGAGGAAGAGUCAUAAAGACAAGAUUCGGCAAAAGGAACGCCAUAAGAAGUCCUCUGACAGCCUGGGCUCUUCAGUGACGACCAGCAGCAUAGAAAAGAUAUCCUCCAGUCACCACAGCAGCAAGGACAGCGACGGAAAGUCCAAGAAGCUGAGCUCACACAGUCACAGUCAUCGAAGUAAGAAGACAGGAAGCACUGGCAAGAGCUGCUCGUCCUCCUCCUGUUCCUCCAGUCCGUUCAACACAGGUGGUUCCCUGUCUUCGGCUCAGGAUUUCCAUCAGUUUACAUCCUCCUCCCGCCUGGAGCGUGACCACGACCAAGGGGGCGACGACCACAGUGGUGAGGAGCGAAAGGAGCGCCACAGGAGGCCAGCGGUCCAGGAGGAGGAGGAUGAAGAGGAAGAUGAAAAGGAGGAGGACAAAGAUGAGGAGGAAGAGGAGGAGGAGGAGGACAGUAAAUACCACAAACCGCCAGCUUUGACUCCUGCAGACGGCCCACUGGCAGGGUCGCAGAGUCACGACAGGUCGGAGGGCAACUCGAGCCCUUUCGAGAACAAGGUCACUAUUUCCACCUUUGGGUCCAUCAUGCGCAUCACCUCCUCGUCGGGGCUGGGCAGCAGUAGCAAGAUCCGGAAGAUCUCCUCCUCGGGGGACUACAAGUCCUCCAAGUCACUUUGUAAGCCGUCUCAGCUGAGCACGCCGCCUAUUCUGGAGGAGGCGGCCCUGGAGGACAAGGCCACGCCUCCACCGCUGCCCAGAGAGAGAAGGCACCGCGGCAACAAGAAGAGCAGCCACGGUCCAGGGCGGCCACGAGGCAGCAAGAACCGAGAGAGACGGGAAGAAGAGCAUCACCACCACCAUCACCACGCAGCGCCGCCUCCUCCAGCCUUAACCUCCUCCGUCUACCCGAGCCCGUCCUCCAUCCCCCACUCCACCUUUCCCUCCACGCUGCCCCCCACCGCUGUCUCCUCUUCUUCCUCUUCUUUCUCCUCCUCCUCUGCAGGCAGUUUUUCCACGAGCCGUGGCAACUCUCUGCUCAGCUCCGGUAUCUACUCCAGUCUCAAGGACCCUCUUACACUGGGCGGGGGUGUCUGCAGUACCCCUCUCUCCCUGGGUGGAGGGGUGUGUAGCACCUCCUUGUCCCUUGGAGGGGGCAUGUGUAGCACCCCUCUCUCCUCAGGACUCCUAACAUCCCACGUCUCCUCACUCUCACUUCCGUCAGUCAACGCUGUUUCAAACAUACAGGUUCAUCCAGGUUCCAGCUCCUCCUACAGCCUGACCUCCACUCAGCCUUUCGCCAGCUGUCUCUCCACAGCCCCAACACUGCCGCCACUACUGACCCAAGGCCAGACCUCACUGUCAGAGUCCGACCUCGAUGACUGUCGCUUCCCAUGUCAGGGGAACUCACCAAGAGAGAGUCUUUCCUCACAGUCUCCUAUGAGCUGUCUUCCUCUUCUGUUCGACCAGAGGGACGGGCUGGGUGCAGGAGUCAGAGCCCGUCCUGAGAACGUCCCUCCAGCCAGCUCCCACAUUGAGCUCCUGCUGGAGAAACACGGCAAUGGAGAGAUGGGAGUCAACAUUGUGGAGAUGCUCCAGUCGCUCCACUCCCUGCAGCAGGAGAACCAGCGCCUCCAGGACCAGAUCCUCAGCCUGACGGCCAAGAAGGAGCGGCUGCAGCUGCUCACCACAGACCUGGCCGUGUCUUUCCCUCCACAUGUUCAUUCCGCCCAUGGCUCCAUGCACACCUCUGCCCAGAUGAAUUUCCUGUCAUCCACACAAGACCCCCUGAGCACCAAUAAGAGUCCCCUGUCCAAAAGCUGCUUCCUGAAUGACACCUCCUUUGUUACCUCGUCUGAGGAGCUCCACUCUGGUAGUCCGUCCCGCAGUAGCUCCUCCCUCUCUUUCCAGAGUACUCCUCCUCCUCAGCAGAGCCCCGCCUCCUUCGGCCAGCCCCUGCUGAACGGCCUGAGUCGAGGUUUGGGCGACGGUUUGGGGACCAUCAGUCAGGCCGGCAGCUCCUCUUUGCCCAUGGUGGGUGGGCUCAUGUCAUCCCUUGCAGGAAGUCCUCAGCUGAACAUGAACGGUGUGCCAGGCAGUCUGAACGGUGUGAUCCAGUCCCCUGUGCAGAACGCCCCUCAGCCCACACUCCCCGCUCUGCGGCCCCAGCCUCCACCACUCAACCCCCAGGCACUGGCACAGGGCUUUCAGCUUCCCAAGAGCGUGAGCCCGUCUUCGGUCCUGUCAGAGCAGCAGAAGCAGCUUCUUCUCGAGCAGCAGCAGAUCCAGCAGUUCCUCACCUCACAGAACUUCACUCCAGAGCAGCAGGUGAUGGUGUGCCAAAUGCUGCAGCAGCAGAGACAGAGGGAGCUGCAGCGCCUCACGCUGACAGGAGCGCUCACCUCCACCCCAAACUCACCCAUGAUCUCCCAGUCACCCAACCUGCUGUCCUCAGCUACAGCCUCACCCCUGCAGGGUGGCCAGGGAGGCAGCCUGUUCGGCCUGCAGGACAAUGCACUUCACAAGCCCGGAGCUGCAGGAGAGAAGGGUGGAGACAAGAAUGGGUGACGUUUCAUGAUUUCACAGGAGCAGCUCAAAUGAAGAUGCGGGGCAUCACAGCCCCCUCGAAGAACUGAGGUCAACUUUCAUGACUUUUGAACGUCUUUCCUUCUCUGUCAUCUUUAUCUUACACCCUCUUUUAUGAAUGUAUAACAGGAUGGACUUAAACGUCAAGGUGAAGUUUUUGGUGUUUUGAAAUUCUUUAUAUCAGAGGUUCUUCUCAUAGGUUUUUGUGUAGGCAGCUUUCAGAGAGCAUGGAUACAGUGGUCUCUUCUUAAAUUGCACUAAUUUGUUAGCUAGACCAAUGGGGCUGCUUAUGAAGGCAGAGCCAGAGUUCCUGCUCAUCCCUGCAGGCGCUGUACGGGCUUUCGGGCUGAAGCGUGAACUCCAGGUCAGAGCGUCUCCCUUCUGACUUCUCAAGCACUGACCGUUCACGAUUUCCCGCCGUGGCUUGAACCAGAGUUUCCAUUCAGUCGGUGAGAAUCACAGACGUCUGCCACUUCUUGCAACCUCAACUGUCUUCCUUGAUAUUUUGUCUUCCCUUUGUGUUCACCCCCACCCGAGUUUCAUCCAGAUCUUCUAUAUGUUGCAGCCUCUACCAGGCACUUAUUAUGUAAAGGAUAAAUAUACUGUCAUUUCCUGUGUGGUUAGCGGCAUUUCAACAUUAAGCUAGUUAUUACCUCAGAUCUUUCCACCUUUUUUCCAUUGUUGAGAUUUUGUGCUGACUCAUUACCGCAAUAGCCUUCACUGGAUAUAAAUGCCCACCAAAAAUCUUGAUGUUAACUUUAAGGUAUUAACUCUUAAUGUAAACGUAGAAACGGCACAGAACCCACGUGUCCAAAAUGGCGCUUUGGUCCACUAGAGACCGGAGUAGCCAGAUUUUAUUCAGAACCACCAGAAGAGUUUCUAAAGACUUUUAUAUCCUUCCAGUUGCUAUCGAGAUUAAGCAGACAAAACCAAACAUUUGGAAACUGUAAGUAAGAAAUUGUUUUUCCGAAACAAGUGUGCACUUUGCAUGUUAUUAGCUAACAGAGCAAAUUAGCCAUCAACACUUUAUAAAGGACGCUCGGUACUUAUAGGCCACUAGGGACUGACAGGUUUUUGAUUUAUGUGAGUAUUUUGCACUCCUCCUCCUGAAGUGUCAGUUUUUUAUGUUCCUUUCAUACAUAGAUAUUCCUUUCAUGUUCACCAACUAGUUGUUCUUUUAGCAAUACUGGAUAGAUAAUGCCUUAAUGAUGCUAGAUUUACAGAGAAAACCACGAGCCCAAAGGCUUAACUCUCUUGUCGUCUUUCUUUGAUAGUGUUUUUUAUCUUGGGUACAAGGAGGGUUAGUAAAGUGAAAGCACUCUUCCUGAACCCGUUUAUACUUUUGAUAGCUGACUGAUGAUUUCAAGAGUUAAAAUGUGUGAAUAACCGUAUAGUGGUAACUAAAGUGUCAAAUAAUUUUCUAUUGUAAUUUUUGUGUUCAGAUGAAAUGGUCUUUAGUUGUUUGUGCUUCGGAGAACUGAGAAACAAGGACGUAUCGAGUGAAGCCUGCACAGUGGUGUCACAGGGGACGGCCCAGAUAAACUAAUAUUAAACUAUUAUAAAAGUGCUGUCGCGACAGUGUGUGAUGCAUAGUGUAGCUGUUAGCGUCACUGAGAAGACGGUGAAUUGUCAGUGUCGUUAACUGCGGGGCCGUUUGAGCCCAGAUCAUGACUUAAGCCAAUGUAGAGACUAUGUUAAGCUUGUCUUUCCUUCCACUCCACUUUAUCAUACAACGCCUCUGUUCAGCUCAGUUUUACUAACAAAGGCUCUUUGCAAAGUAAGGGAUUAUGUUAAUCAUGUUUUUUCUCCUGUGUUCUUUAACAAUAUUCCCAUUUAAGAUAUUUUCUCACUUCUGUUUGCAAUCUUGAACAUGAUCUCCCAUACAUGUGAUAUCUUGAGUGCUAGGUUAUUUUGUUAGCAGCUAAUGUAGACGUCAGAAAGGAACUCCAAGCAGCUCACGAGUCUGUGAUAAAUACUGUAGCAAUGACAGAAGGAGAAUGUUGAUUAUGUCGAUGAAGACAUGAGCCAACACGUUGACAUGACUCCAAGAGGGAGGUCUGCAAUUUACCAAGUAUGUCCUUAUGAGUCGCCUCUCUUAGCUGAGGCGAAGUCCAGACAGACGACCGUGUCCAAGAGAUUGACUGAAGAGUGUUGCGAAGGAUUUCUGAAGCGGUUUCUUUCUCAUGUUGCACUGGGGCGCUUUGGGCCCAAUUGUAAAUCAUUUUUUUAGUACCUUUUCAAUUUUGUUGGAAUACGAGUUGUAUACUUUAAUAUGUUUGUGUAAAAACACAUUCAUUCUUUUAAGCUUUGAAGUUUGGGUAACCAAGAUAAUCCAUGUUCUGAAUGUCGUACUGUGUAUCUUUUAUGUAUUACAACAUUUAAGCACCUAGCUCUGAAUGAGGUUUGAUGGAGAGCGAGUUACCUAUUGGGAUAUGAAUUGCAUGAAAUGCAGUGACGUCUCUCAAAUGUGUUGCUAAAUACCAAGUAAUAACUAUGCAUAAUUUUAAAUGCAUUGUUCCCUGGAAAAAAAGAAGAAAUUAAAUGAAAUGAGCACUGAAUUUUAAAAAGGACAAGCAUGUUGUCAUUGUACAGUGUAUUUGUUUGAGAGAAUUGAUCAAAACAAAUUUGACAAUAUUCAGAUUAAAAGCCCUGUAAAGUAUUUUGAUAUUUUUGUGUGUAAAAUUAAAAGGACGGAUUAAGACAA